CUUAUCGACGCAGGAAUGGUAUAUUAGACUAGAACACCGUCAGUGGUCUGGAAGUAUACAUUUUACCUGCAUAUUCUACAUUUCAUAACCCUUACCCAAUUGCGCGGUAGAGAAUCUUUUUUGGGAGCAGUUCUUUUUUUGGGUGGGGUGCUGUUACACUGGCCGUGGGUGUACAGGUCCCGAUGGGAACGGGCAAAAGCAUCAGCUUGUUUUUCUCCAUCGACCGUUUCGCAACUUCAUCUCACACUUGUUGCUUACUCUUCUCCUAAAACAUCCUUCCUUCGCCAUGACAUCCAAGGAAGCCACUACCUCAACAACACUUGCAAGCGAAGCAGACGACGACGCCAAGCUGAUGCAGCAGCUUCAGGAUGAGCUCAAGAAUGCCGCCAUUGAGGACGACGAUGACAUGAGUGCUUCGUCCAUAUCCUCCUCCCAGACAACCGGUAUAAAGAUGCAGGCCAAUAUGCUUACUGCCGCUGAACAAGAAAUCGCAGAUCAGAGGAUGCUUCAUGGGGUCAAGAUCUUCUUCGAAAACGAGUUCAUCGAAGCCCAGAGGAUCUUUGCUUCCCGAGACCAAGUCGAUCCAAUCUACGCCCUCGGAUCCGGCGCCAUGGCAUUUAUGAAAGGUGGUGCGAGCAGAGACAGACAAUUGACCAGCUUGCAUUUUUGUGUUACCAACAUCGACUUCCCAUUCCCUCCUUUUCAGCAUGCAUGACAUUCAAUGAGU